AUGAACGUUACAAAUGAGACUCACGUCAUAGAUGCGGUGACCAACGACAAGGUAGAAAGUGAAAAAGUCGAGGCCGCUGAAGGCGAGCCAAAUCAUGAUACUACUCUACUCGACAGUCCCAACACAACAGCCUGGUUACACAACGGCACCAGCACGGCGGUCCCAAUCAGCACCGCCGGUGACGACGGCGCUUUGGAUCUUUUUCAGGAAGACUUACCCGGCAUCAGAUACCAUGAAGGACGGGAAAGCACGAUCGAGGAUGUGCGGGACGUGAUCAAACUGCUGAACGAGGCCGCGAUACCGGCGUGCGUCAUCGGCGUCAACGCUCUCCGGUAUUUUGGAGCUGGACGAGUCACAUGGGAGUGGGACAUUUGCGUCCCGGAUGAGAGGCUCGAUGACGCCGCGGGGAUCUUCUUGGCACACGAGGCAUACAAGCGCGCCCGGCCGCCGCCCAUGGUGCCGUACUCGUUCCGCCACCUCCAUCCCGCCUUUCAACUCCGGGCCGCCGAGCUGUUCUUCAUCCUGACGCCGUCGUCGCGCUGCUGCGUCGACCCCAGACCCGAGCACUGCGAACGGAGCAAUAAGGGCGUCCCCUACCCGCAGAUGGCACAGUUUGCACGGUCACUCUUAAUCAUGCAGGCUGACGCCGAUCUAGAGGACUUCGUCGAUGGCAUGGAUUUGGAUGUGCAGUGGGCAGAGGCCAAUAUCGACUUUGCCGAUCUGCAGCAACAGGCGCGUGCAUUCUGUCGCGCGCAUAAUCCUGUCUUGGAAGAGAAAGGCCUGGGACAGUUCAACGAAACCUUGGAACGCCGGGGACUUUGGGAGAACAUUGUCUGUACCAAGAAGAACCGCAUCGACGAUACCAAGCAGGGACGGUACAAGACCCGUUGGCGCCGCAUCAAGAACGAUGUGGAUCCACGGACUCGCGACAGGGAGAUGUAG